AUGCCGUGUCUCAAUUUAGAAACAUUUGAAAACGUAGCAAUUCACGUUCGACAGAUUAUGAGUGAAACAAAGGGGCAGUUAGUCUCAAGCAAUUUAGCGGAUCUUGAUUUUGGUUCAGACGCUUUCGGAAGGACGGAGCGUAGUUUCAGUGGUUCUCUAGUUGAACCUCCAGCGCGGCCUGAAAUACUUUUUGAAGAUGCUCAUUUUCGUCCAUACUUCGACAACACCACAGAAAGAAACGUUACUUCCCAGCUUUCCAAAACUGCUUAUCUGCAUUGCAGGAUACGGCAAUUAGGAGAUCGAGUGGUUUCAUGGGUCCGACAGAAGGAUCUACACAUACUAACGGUAGGAAAAUAUACCUAUACGACUGACCAGCGCUACACAUCCAUCCAUAGGGAUGACAGCGAUGACUGGACCCUAGAAAUCAAGUAUACACAAAAGAAAGAUGCAGGAAUAUACGAGUGUCAAAUAAGUACAGAACCAAAACUGAGCUUGGCAAUACAGCUUAAUGUCGUUAGUAAGUAA